ACAGAUGACUAAGCAUAUGCGGGAGGAAAAACGUUCGCCGGCCGGCGGAAUCGAAAGUCGAGACCAGAAAGAAAGUCGAGGACUCAUCCAACCUUCAUUCAUCGUGCGGUGUGUUUGAUCGACCGCAAGCCAAAAAAAAAAAGAAAAAGAUGCCGCCCCGACUCAAUCUUUUCGCUGCCAGGACAGCAGUCCCUAUUAUUCGCCAACAUGCCACUCCCCCCGUCACAAUCUCGAAUGCCUCCCGACACAGCAUUGCAACUGCUCUGAACAGACGCUGCAUUGUAUCAGCCACCAAUGGCAUGAAAUCCGGUCUAUCCUCCUCGGUCCAGGUACAGAGGAGGUGGAAUUCUUCAGGUUCCGGUGAAGGAAAGUCUGCAGAGGAGGUGAAGCGCUCCGCUGAGUCGAUGCCUCAUGUGAGCGAGGAAGCCGCGGAAGUGAGCAAGAUCAUGGAUAAGAGAUGUGAUGCGACCCCUUCCAGUCCGGAAUUGGAGCAGGGAACGCCGGUUUCUGAGGUGAGAUUCCGUCUCUAUCUUUAUUUUUCACGCUUCGUCGUCGACAUGCAAAAAUAAAAAUAAAAGCCGAGAAUAUCUAUUUAACGCAACCCAACGCAGAUCCUUCUCCGCGACAAGGAUGCGCAGAAAUACGCCCCCAAGGUCUUCCAGGACCAGAACAAGACCGGUCCCUCAGGGUCCAGGUCAUUCUCGACCUCCGUA